AGUAAAUAAACAAGCGGUUUGUUUAUUUACUAGCUAAAUAAGUAAAAGUUAUAAUACACAUUUUGUUUUUAUUCCUGCAGUUGUUGUCAUAUCACUGACUUGCAGUAUUCUAACAAUCGCAGUUUAUGUUUUCGUAACUAAAAAAUGGAACCUGAUCCAGAUGUGCUUUUUCUGCUACAUUAUUUGCUUCUCAUUUCACCAUGGGAUGUGGAUUCUGACGAAGUAUGGAAAUUUACUGAACGAGGCUUGUACUUUAGCAGGUUACGCUAGAUACUUCUUUGCAUUGGGAUCUCUUUUUUGGCUUUUUGCAAUUAGCUUUCAAAUCAGAAUAGGAUUGCUGGCAAUACAUGUGAAUGAUUCUCGAUAUAGAUUUGGUAUCUACAAUGUUUUUGUCUGGGGCUUAGCGGCUUUGGGGACCAGUGCUAUAUUUCUAAUAGAUCGGAUUUGGGGCGGAGAUCUGUCAACAUUGAAAUGGAUGCCUUCUAUUGGUUUCUAUCAGUGCUGGUUUCACCCUAAUGACUGGUCCAUACUAAUAUACUUUAUUGGUCCGAUACUGGCUCUAAACUGCAUCAAUUGGAUCUUCUUUCUGGUGGCGGUCUUUCAAAUAAAGAAGGUGGCCCUUAACUUGAAAAAGUAUCAGACAUCUAAUUCGAUCCCGCAAAAACGACGAUACCUCAAGUUUCUGCGAUUGUUUGUCAUGAUGGGCAUGUCUUGGAUCCUGGACUUUAUUCCCUACUUCAUUCGUGGCAAUGUAUAUUGGCAAUAUUUAUUUUUGCCUGUUUUCUACUACCAUUUAUCUUUGGGUUCGGUUGUUUUUGUAUUAUUUGCCCUAAAAAGCAGUACAAGGCGUCUAGUCAUGGAACGGAUUCAGGGCAGAACACAAAGUCCGCUUGUUCAGAUUUAAAAGAAGAAAUUGGCAACUUUUGGUAAUAAAAAAUUCGUAGAAACUAAUCCAUGAGUAGACCUUUAGCAGUUAUGUCAUUUUUAUAAAUAAUUUGAGUUAACUUUUUCAAUAAAAAUCCCAUUAAAUUUGUACAAACUAUUGGUUGCCUGAAAUUCAAUGAGCAAAGAAUGGCACUGAUAAGGUUUCAUGCCUCUUGCCCCUCGAGGCAUCUCCUACGCACUUUUCACCGUAAAGAAAUGUAUAAUUUGAAAUUGAGAUUUAUUUCACUGUACUUGGAAUGUAUUCCCCUGGCAGUAGUUUUCAAUAUAAUGAAUAUUCUGAUAAUUAUAUACUCAACUGUUAAUGUUGAUUUGAAUGAAAAGAAUUUUAUAUUAAUGGUUAGUCACGUUGGAAAAAUGUUUUCGUGCCACUGAUUUUAUAUUUAAUGCCACUUAUUUAUAUUAACAAUGUUUAGUCUAAAACUUGCUUAACAACUAUCAAGAAUAUAUUUUUAAU